AUGCCGCAGGUGCACAAAUCCGCUGCUGCAGCCUGUGCUUUCUUGCAGAGUAUGCAAGCUGCUGAGCAGAGCGGGGCGGUGGAGAAGUCGCUCAAGGAGCUGGAAAAUCAAGGCUCAGCAGCAGGGGAGUCGCAGAAAGCUAUCCGGGCACUGCUGAAGCAUUCGAGCUCGCAAGAACUGGGCCAAGCCGUGCUGGAACUAGCCGAUGCUGAGACUGAGACGCCUGCCGUGCUUGCAACUGCCGAAGACAUUACGGCGGAGUUCCUAGCACCCAUGUCGCAGAUGGGGCCGGAGCUGUGUGUCGCCGAGGUUGGCGUGUACAAGGGAAUGCUGAGGUAUCUGCAUUCUGCGACCGACCCUCGCGGCCUCCUGGCUGCCACUUCCGAUCUUGUCUGCCGGGACUUGAUCUUGAGUUCUGGGACGCCCCUGCGGGACGUGCUGAAGACACCCGAGCUGCAGGAACGCUGGAAGGCUCUCGACGUGAAACCAGUGGGCAUGGUGGUGCAAGGAGGGGCGUCGCCGCAGCAGCAUCACGAAGAUCUGGAGAUCCUGCGCCAGGCAAAUCCGUCCGCCGAGCAGCUGCUGUUUAUGUCCUUCCCCGGGCCUAUUUCAUGGCAGGUGCAAUUCAACAACGGUCUCCAGUGCUGUAGAGCGGAGCCGAACUCCCACGUGGGUCGGAGAGCGGGUAGGACCAGCUUCACAGCAGCCAGACUGGAACAGCUGGGCGUCACGUUCGAGGACGAAGCACGGGCACUGGCACUGAGGGCCAUCCAAGCCACCACGGAAGCAGGGAUGCAGCGGGUUGAGAGACGCACCCAAGCCCAGAUCAUACCCGUGCCUCCUGAUGGACUUUGCUGCUACCAUGCCCUGAUUGCCGGCCUCGACUGUGCCAGAUACCUGCGCGGCACGGCAUACAUUACAGUACAUACUGUACAGUAA